UUCCCUGCUCACAAAGAACACGUUCUGUAAUCAGGGUUCUAUCACCAUUGGAACAUAAGGUCUUGAGUGAGUAGAAGAGUUCUUAUGCGUUACCAGUAAACACAGCCUGCACCAGAUCUUUCAGUUGGUGUUGCUGCUGUCUUUGUUGCUGGACAGAUGGGUUCUCAGCAUACCAUGAAGCAAAGGUUGACACCAGAAAGUGGAAUUUAAUUGGAUAUGCUCUCUUCUUCCUCGCUAUCUUGAUGCUUAUAAUUGUGGAUGUAGCCACAUCUGCAGGCGGAGGAGUUGGACCUUAUAUCGGUAUAUGCGCAUGUGUUGCUGCAUUUGGGGUUGCAGAUGCCUAUGUUCAAAGUGGAAUGAUCGGGGAUCUGUCGUUGAUGCGUCCUGAAUUCAUCCAGUCCUUCUUUGCUGACUUGGCUGCAUCAGGCGCUCUAACCUCCGGCUUGAGGCUGAUGACAAAAGCUGCCUUUGAGAAGUCUCAUGGUGGUCUUCGCAAGGGGACGAUGUUGUUUGUGAUCCUUGUUGAAGACUAACCAUUUAUAGUUCCUACAUCUAGGAGUUUAACAAUGAAGCCAAUACAAACCAUCGGAUAACUAGUAACAAGCUUUCUCAGCCAGAACUCAACAAUCCAAGUACAGAAAACAGAGGCGCCAUUCAUAUGCAAAUGUCCAGUUUUACUGUAUCUGAGGAUGCCGGAUGUGCUAGUAGUGUCCUUACGGAGGAGCAGGACCCACAUUCCGAAGUGAUGGACAUGGAUCAAUUAGAAGCAGAACUUGAGUCUGAAUUGCAAAAACUUCCAUGGUGCGCUACGGAUACUCCUCGCCAUGAGGGAUUGAGUAAUCUGGGUGAGGACAUUGUCUCUGAGGUUACAGCUCAAGGGUUUCAUGACCUAGAGGGACAGUGUUUUGUUACUCAGGAGUUCCAUGGAGUAUUGCCAGCUCAACUGGAUCAGAAACUAUGCCAUGUGCUCAUCGAACAGCAGGAAAUCCAAAUUGUGGAGCUGGAAUCUGAACUGCUGUUCGAUCAGCCCAAUCAAAACUCCAACACAAAGAAACGGAACUGGAAACAUUGAAGGACUGUGUUAGACGCUUAACCGAGUUAUCUAUUGGAAAUGUCUCAGGCAAGACUUCAUA